AGCGAUAAGGUAGCUCGAGCGCCAUCCCCCGACGCGGAUGGGAAUGAAGGAGGUGCGGAAGGAAGCGCGCCGAAGAAAAGCAAGGAUGCGGGGAGGCGGGAUGCUGCCGGUUAUGCAAAAUCACGCAAAGGGAAGGAGAAGGACGGAAAAAAUAAGGGGCGACGACGGGGGACACGACCUGCGGAUAGUGCAAGCAACACGGAGUCGAAAGCACCCAGGCUGCCAAAGAGACAAACCGCCCUUCUCAUUGGAUUUUGCGGGACGGGGUGUAAUGGGAUGCAAAUCCAGCCCGACGUUCGGACUAUCGAGGGCGUGCUUUUCGGGGCUCUCGUGAGAGCAGGGGCAGUUUCUCAAGAUAACGCCGAUGACCCUGUCAAGGUUAGCCUUGGCAGGGCUGCACGAACGGAUGCCGGUGUUCAUGCAGCAGGAAACCUUGUAUCGAUGAAGCUAAUAACGACAAUUCCUGGAGUGAACGAUAUUGUCGCCCGGAUCAACGAGGAACUCCCUCCUGAAAUCCGCCUCUGGGGUCAUGUCCGAGUACAGAAUUCAUUCAAUGCCAGAAUGUCGUGUGAUAGCCGGAAAUAUACUUAUUUCUUCCCAAGCUAUCUUUUGAUUCCACCCAAACCAGGCUCUGGUCUGCACCGUACGUUAGGCCAGCACGCGGACUCCACAAAAGCACCCAGUGAUGCAAUCAAACCGUCACAUCCCUUCUGGGGUACCGGCGACACGUCCACCCGAGAAGACGACCUCGAGCGCAAGCGAAAGUGGAGAAUCAGCGCAGACUCAAUCGAGCGUCUUAGACUAACGGUGCACAAAUAUGAAGGCACUCACAACUUUCACAACUUCACAGUAGGGAGAGAGUUUGGUGACCGCAGCAAUCAGCGACAUAUGAAGAAAAUUGAAAUAUCCGAACCGGCAGUGUAUGGCGGUACGGAAUGGAUAAGUGUCCUCUUUCAUGGACAGAGUUUCAUGCUGCACCAGGUACGUAAGAUGAUGGCUGCUUUGGUUCUAUCCUGUCGAACGGAUACUCCUGACCAAGUCAUUGACGAGCUAUACGGCCCCCGCACUGUAUUCAUUCCUAAAAUGCCUGCUCUUGGCCUAUUAUUGGAGUACCCAAUAUUCGAGUCAUACAACAGGAAAGUAUCAGCUAUCAACAACAAGCUAGAACUUACACAUCCUGACUACCGACCCCUCAUCGACUUCGAAAUGCAUCGAGAUGACAUCGACAAGUUCAAACAAAAGUAUAUAUAUGACAACAUGCGAUCCAUCGAAGAUCAUAGUGGAAUUUUCGAUGCAUGGAUUCGAUCUAUUGACAUGUAUGCGGGAAAUGAUUUGUUAUAUCUCAAUCCCAGGGGUAUAAUACCCGCCGCAGCCGUCAUUAAGAAGGGGGAAAAGAGAGAUAACGUCUUUCGCGAAAGAAAGCGAUUUGACGCAACCAGUUUUUCGGCAGAAACAAAAGAGAAUCUUCUGACACAAGACGAUGAAGAAGAGGAGGACGCUGUGCCUCUGAACAGAGAACUACUAGAGGACACAGAAGGCUGACCAUCCGAACGUCCCUCCUAGCGCAAGUUUUCGAGUACGCAGAUGUGUUGAUUUGCAGGAGAGAAUGAUAUGAGUAUUUAUAGUGCAAUAUAUUAGCUGAAAUAGCUAGGUGACAUCACGAUUGGAACUUCCUCAUUGUCUGAAUCUCGUCAAGUAAUGCUUGCAACCUAUCGUCGUCGAUUUUCACGAGGCUAUGUAACACUUAUGUCAGUAGGAUAGUCUCAUAAUGUGCAAAUCAUUAUACCUUGGUAUGACACUCUU